AUGGUGCGUAAAGCAUGGACCACAAAUCCGCUGGCUCUUUCAAAAAGGGCAUCAGCACUUUUGAUUGCAUGGGGCGUUCCACUGGUGGUGUUGCACUGUUGUGACAUGAUUGCACAGAACGCUCAUCCUGACUACUGCCACAGAGACGUGGACCUUCUUGAUGCCUUCGGGGGUCACGGCGAAGUGUCCAAGCAGUUCAGUGCCCAAGGAAUGAAAACGAGCUACUUUGACCUGGCAACGGAGGGAAACAUGGGAGACAUCAUGUCUACGGAUGGCUGGUACAACUGCCUGUUGAAGCUGCUGCAAGUGAAGGAGGGGGGGCUCCUUGUGGGGGGCCCCCCCUGUGGGUCUUGGAUUUGGGUCAACCGAUCCACUUCAAAAAGAUCCAAAGACCACAUCUUCGGAGAUACAAAACGUCCCUACAUAAGGCUUGCAAAUUCGAUCACAUGUCGAUUUGUGAUCUUCUCUUUGAUCGCAAUAGCCCGUGGAUUGGAGAUACUUUGGGAACAACCAUCGGGAUCAUUGAUGCCUGAAUUCCCGUACCUGAAAUUUAUGGCGAUUGUGAUGGACCCUGUGCUGUGGGGAAAGGUGAGAUUUCCUAUGGGGGCGUAUGGCCAUCCCAAUUGCAAACCAACACUUCUUAUGGGGUCUGUGCCUUACCUUGCUUCUUUCAAGAGGAAACUUACUCCAAAGGACAAACGUCGUCUUCAAAAGAACAAGGCCGUGAAGAAGCACCAAAUGGUGAAAAAAACAAUUUCCAAGAGUGGAAAGGUUCAAGUGACAGGAUCCCAUGGAAUGCGAGCCAGUGCUGUCUAUCCACGACAAUUUGCCAAACACUUGGCAACCCAGCACAAAGCCUUUAUGGCCCGAGCAGUUGGAUGCAGGCAAAACAGUGCAAAAGCUCCAGAUCCACCUGUGAAGGCUCCUUACCGAUGGCGUCAUGCCACCUUGGAAGAUGUCCGAAAGGACUUAAAACAAAUGGUGAAGGAUGGCACCUACCGUCCCAUUCUCACCACAGGGUUGGCAGAUCGAGCGGCAUUUGUGUCUUCGGUCAGCACGAAGUCAAGCAGUGCUGCCUCAACUUCCAGCUCUGGAGUCUCUUUGUCACAACCCAGUUCUAGUGCUCCAUCCCCUGAAGGGUCCCCAGGAGCCAGCAGCACUGCCACGACAAUUCCUGCAACAGAUGCCGAGGCUGUGGAGAAUGCUCGAAAGGGCUUGGAGGCUGCUAGGAUCAUGGAAUCUCAAAAGCCCCCAUCACCACCAGUCACAGCAAAAGCUGGUAAGCUUGUCAGGGUGAACAGUGUGCCUAUCCUAGAACCACCUAAGACUCCAGUGGAGAAAAUCCACCGCCGAAAUACCCCAAUGCUUGAUGCUGGUGAGAAUCAGACCAAUGGAGAAGAAGCAAGCCCCAAGGAACCAGAUCAAAACAAUGCAUCAGGCACCAAACGAAAGAACAGGCUCAAGGGAAAGAAAGCCAAGAAAGCAAAGACAGCAAGUGAGCAACCAGUGGAGGAGGAAAAGGAUGCAAAUGGUGAGAACACUCGAGAUGAUGCAAACAAAGAACCUACUGGCACAGCUGUUGCAGCGCCAGCAAUGGAACAAACCAAUGUACCGCAGCAAGAAGCUCCACAGGAGCAACCUGACAAGCGCCCAAAGGCAACUGCAAGCAAAGCAGCAGCGAAGCGUCCCCAGCAGACUUCACCCCAGGAAACUCUUGGUGCAGCAGCCCUGCAGCAAGCUGUGAAGCUGCAGGCAACCCCGAUGAGAAGUGAGGCAGCUGAUGAUGCAAGCAAAAAGAAAGCAAAUGAGGACAACUUGACCAGAGCUAACACCAGUGAGCAACUUCCCCCUGCACAACCAGCAGCUGAUGAGAGAAAACCCAAGUCAGGUCAAUCUGGAGGAGAUCUUGAGACAGAACUUGACCGAGAAGUCAAAAAAGAAGAUGAUGGGAGCCAGAACGCACAUCAAUUGGCAACUGGAACAGCUGCCACAUCCAAGAAACGAAAGGAAAAGACCCCAGCACAGAAAGCUGCCCAUGCAAGGUAUAUGCAAUUUUCGAGGUCGUUUGACCGAAGGGACUGCCCGAAAGAGAUGAAGCGUGCAUACAGUAAUGCGCACUACUGCAAGGAGAAGCUCGCAGUGCUUCGUGAUGCAUGGGAGCAGUGUGAAGGUGAGUGGAAGCGUUCAGCGUUGUACAAACGCUUUGCAGAGAAGAACACCACAACCCAACACGGAGCACGUGUAUGGUUAACACGAAGCCAAGUGGCCAGAAAAUAUGAAUCCCAAAGCAUGGCAGACAAGAUCUGCAAUGCAAAGCUUCAGGAUGCUGAAACCAAAGAAAAAAACAGCAAGGAGCACCCGGACUGUCCGGGUGACGAGGAAAUGAGAUUGUUCCUUGUGUGGGACAGUGAAGGCAUAUCAGAGAAGAAGGAUACGAUCAUUGAGGACCUGUUUGAGGCCUGCGACUGUGACAGUGAUGAUGAAUCCAGGGAGAAGAACAAGUCAAAGAAGCGAAAAAAGAAGAGAUCCUUGAGUGGGUCUGAUGAUGAUGAUGUGGAGAUCGAGAGUUCAGAAGAGGAGUCAAAUAGUGAUGAUGAGGGCAAGAAAAAGAAAAAAAAAAAGAAGGACAAGAAGGGAGGAAAGCGCAAGGGAGGCAGAGGUGGGAAAAAGGAAACCAAGGAGAAAAAGGAGAAGCGACUGAAGAAGGAGCAAGCCAAGUUGGACAAGGAGAAGGCACGUGAAGAACAGAAAGCCAAAAAAGAUCUCUUCAACAAAGCAAAGAAGGCUUUGAGCGCGCUCAACGACAAAAUCGUUGAUGCCUCUGGUCGUGAGAAAGGUCUUUCUAAUCUGGUGCCUGAGCUACGAGUUGCGAUUGGUGGCCAGAUGAUCAAGAAGAAGAAUUCGAUGUGUGACAUGCGUCAGAAGAUCCAAACACAGGUUGACAGGCAUGACGACUCAAACCUGACUAGCUUGAUCAGCGAUGCCCAGAAGGUGAUUGAGGACUACACCACGUUUCCAGAGUUUGCUAAAAGCUUGACCAUGACGUAUGGUCUGUCCUAUGGUGAUGUGGAAUGCCGAAUCGAUUUGCCACCUUUGCACAGCAAAGGGGAUAUCAAACGCACCUUCUACUCUCCACUGUUGUACCAGCGCAAUGGGGACGUGAUGCUGAUUUGCAAAGCGUACAAUGGACGUGUGGUGAUGCAAUGGUUAGCAGAAACUAUAGCUGGUGUGGUGGAACAAAAUAUCCCUGGUGCAGAUGAUCGCUUGGCACCCACUGCACUGUGCAUGCUCCAUUUGGCCCGUUUCGUGCUGAACAUCGAAAAAGCGGGCCGUUUCUUGACCAUGGAAGAAUCUGAAUCAAUUUUCCAUGAUGGGCGUGAAUUUCUCCGCCUAUAUGUGAAGUUGGCAAUGAUCUCACUCAGGAUGGGCGUGCAAGAAUGGUACCUCCGAGCAAAAAUACAUGCCCUUUGGCAUAUCCUGAAAUCUGUGAAGAUGCGAAGAUCCAAUCCCCGCUAUUGGCAUUGUUUCGUAGAUGAAGAUGCUAUGUCUUGGACAAAAAGAUCUGGGCGACCAAGCUGA